UCCAUGUUUCCCUCUUCCUACACCGCACACUGUCUUCCUCCUCCACCUCCUUCUGUGAUUUAUCUCUCCACUUUGUUUGGAACUAUGGAUAAGGUUAAACUUGUAAAGAAUGGUGUUAUAAGAUUACCACCUGGAUUCAGAUUUCAUCCCACUGAUGAGGAACUUGUGGUUCAGUAUCUCAAGAGAAAAGUCUUGUCUUCUCCAUUACCAGCUUCCAUCAUUCCUGACUUUGAUGUUUGCAGAGCUGAUCCUUGGGACUUGCCUGGCAAUAUAGAGAAGGAGAGGUACUUCUUCAGCACAAGGGAAGCCAAGUACCCAAAUGGGAACCGGUCUAACCGAGCAACCGGUUCGGGUUAUUGGAAAGCUACCGGUAUUGAUAAACGGGUUGUUACCUCUAGAGGAAAUCAAAUCGUUGGUUUGAAGAAAACACUCGUUUUCUACAAAGGCAAACCACCCCAUGGCUUAAGAACCGAUUGGAUCAUGCACGAAUAUCGUCUCUCUUCCUCUCCUCUGAGUUCAAUGGGUCCUACUCAGAACUGGGUUCUUUGUCGUAUCUUCCUUAAAAAGAGAGCCGGUAACAAGAGCGACGAGGACGACGGAGAUAACCGGAACAUUAGAUAUGAUAAUGACCAAAUUGAAAUAGUUACAACAAACCAAACCGAAGAUAAAACUAAACCAAUCUUCUUCGAUUUCAUGAGAAAAGAAAGGACCACGGACUUGAACCUUUUGCCAAGCUCUUCUUCUUCCGACCACGCUUCAAGUGGACUCACGACGGAGAUAUUCUCUUCUGAUGAAGAGACCAGUAGUUGCAAUAGUUUCAGAAGAAAUCUUUAAUUUAAAUUUAAUGUUGACUAUCUUUAAUAACUCUUUUAAUAAUUUUAUAUUAAUACCAUUCUGCUUCUUCUUUUUUCCCCUUUUUACUUGAAAACGAGUCUUUGUCCUUUGUUUCAAAUCAUUUUUUUUAAAACAUAUAUUUCAUGAACUAGUUGAAUUUCAUGAAAAAAUGUAUCAACUUUAUUACAAUUCUUGUCCCA